GGGGCGGCGCGGGGGCCGGGCCGGGCGGGGCGGGAUCUGGGCCCUGCGCGCCGCGGUCCGGCCGCGGUGGGCGCGGAGCGGCGGCGGCGGGAGCCCGAGCCCUGCCGUGAGCCCCGGGCCUGCCCGGCGUCCGCUGCGCUCCCCGCCCCGCGCCGCUCCGCCCGGGCCCGCAGGCCGCUCCCCCGCCGCCGCUCCUCCCGCCGGGCCGCGCCGCGCCGGCUCCGCCGGGCGAUGAGGAGCUGCUUCUGCCUGCGCCGGGGGAGCCGCGACCCGCCGCCCGCCGCACGGGCAACAGGCCCAGACUUGCUCUUUCUUAUUGCCUGCAGCACGAUGUUUGUUCUGACUGGGCAUUGUGAAGUGUAAACCCAGGUCCCACUGGCACCAGUACUCACCUCUGCCUUUCUAGAAGCAGAUCAGUCCACGAUGCCUGAGGUGCGAGACCUCACGGAUGCCUUGCCCGACCUGCCGAUGGAUCCCAUCACAGGCGUUGGUGUGGUCGCGUCCCGGAGCCGCGCACCGACUGGAUAUGAUGUCGUUGCACAAACAGCAGAUGGUUUGGAUGCUGACCUGUGGAAAGAUGGCUUAUUUAAAUCCAAGGUCACACGGUACCUGUGCUUCACCAGAUCAUUUUCGAAAGAAAAUAGUCAUUUAGGCAAUGUCUUGGUUGAUAUGAAGCUCAUUGAUAUCAAGGACACUUUACCUGUAGGCUUCAUGCCCAUCCAGGAGACCAUUGAUACACAAGAAGUAGCUUUCAGAAAGAAGAGGCUAUGCAUUAAAUUCAUCCCUCGAGAUUCUACAGAGGCAGCGAUCUGCGAUAUCCGAAUCCUGGGGAGAUCUAAGCAAGCCCCUCCUCAGUACACGUUCAUAGGGGAGCUGAACAGCAUGGGCAUCUGGUACCGCAUGGGCAGAGUGCCGCGCAACCACGACUCCGCGCAGCCUGCGGCUCCUCCCGCCCCUGCGCCAGCUGCAGCGCCCGCUCCCAACCUGCCAAGGCACAUCUCGCUGACGCUGCCAGCCAGCUUUCGGGGGAAGAGCCACAGCACCCGCCUGGACUUGGAGCACCAGCACUCCAACCUGUACGCCAUCUCAGCAAUGGAUGGAGUGCCUUUUAUGAUUUCGGAGAAGUUUGCCUGUGCUCCUGAAGGGAUGCAGCCAGUUGAUCUCUUGGGUAUCACAAUCAAAACCCUUGCAGAAAUUGAAAAGGAGUACGACUACAGCUUCCGGACGGAGCAGAGUGCGGCGGCGCGCCUGCCGCCCAGCCCCACGCGCUGCCCGCCGCUGCCGCCGUCCUGAGCGGCGCGGCGCCGGAGCGUGUGUGCGUGCGUACUACUGAGCGGACACGGACACGGACACGGACACGGACACGGACACGGACACAGCGACGGAGCCACCCCGCAGCCUCCCCGUGUCCGCCCACCGCCACCGCCCCGCGCUGCACCGCCCCCUGCACACACCGCUCCUUGUCGGACCGCCACCCUUCGGCAGCUGCCCCCUACCCCCGCCCCUGCUGCUGCAGGCCCCUCUCCGUGAGUACAGGACUGGGAGCCUGACGCAGCCCCUUCCUCACCCCACUUUGUAACCCUGCUGCAGGACAGUCACAGAAUCCAGGGCUGCGGCAAACCUCUGUGAACACGGCUGGGAGUUUGCGGAGCAUCGACAAAUCUUAGCCCUAAAAGGAGUGAUAAAAGGCACAGCUGGGUGUUGCCACACUUGGCUCUCUGUGGGGCUCUCAACACCUUGCAGCAGGAGGCUCCUGCGGCUCUCAGUCCAGCGCAGAACUCAGCUGCAGUGAAUGCCAGUCGCUCUGCCAAGGGCUGGGCACAGAAGUUCCGCUGUGACUGGGAUCAGUCUCAGAUCCACUGUGGUCACUGGAUUUGCUGUAGGCGGGAGGAGCCAGGGCCCCUGGCUCUCCCUGGGCACUGGCAGGGCAGGCAGGGUGCCUGACGUGCACUGCAGGUCCUGAGAUGAAGCACCUUCGCUUUGCACAGGGUGUCCAUGUGGAUCUAGAGCAACAAGCAUCCUGUGUUUCUUUCUGGAUGGAUGCUGGCAGCGACACCCUGGCAGACCCUGGCAGUGCCUGACUGACCCUGGCCAAGCUGCUUCUGGACCUGCUGACGACUGGGAUGUCAUCACCUGCCUGUCAUCGAGACAGUUCUCUAACAUGUUCCCCGCUAGCUGCUAAAACAAAAGAGAUGUGCCUGUUUCCUGGGCGUUCAUGGGGAAGCACUGAACACUGACAUGGCACAGGAUGAGUGGGAUGCAUUAAACCCUGACCUCUGCCUCCCUGUGAUCGCUGACUGGGCUUGCUCCCAAGCCAAACGCAUGUCUUGAAGAAGUCUGUUGCUGUAAUAAGUUAUUUACAAGUGCCCAUCUGACUCUGCGCUGCUCUUUCAAGUCUCUGCUGUAAAACAAAGAUACAUCAUGGCAGCAAAAUAGCAAUUUUGGAGUAAGAGCUAAAACAUAUCAUUUUUUGUAUUGUAAAAUACUAAUUCCCUGACCCUACUGAAAUGCAAUUUCCAUGGUAACAGUAAGUGUUGUCUCUCAGCUUGGGUCCUACAUGUGCCCCGACCCACUUUGCCCUCCCUUGGAUUGAUCUGGCAUUUGCUAGUUGCACAGAGUGGUAGCUAACAGCAGUUUUUGUACUGUUGGGUAAUAUUUUUUAUUUGUACAUAAGUAAAAUAAUUCUUGUCCAAAGAUUCAUUUCUGGUUUUAAGGCACCACGCUGUACUGCUGGGAUAAAGAGCACAAAAUACCAUCACAUUCGGGACAAACUGAGUCCAGAUCUUUGCUUCAGCUUCUUCCAAUCAGGUAAAUAAUUUUCUGGAGCUGCCUUUGUAGAGUGGCCAUGUGGUUGGAGAGCAGAGGCCAAUUUGGUUGCAUGUAUGUUGGUUUUGGGCAAAAGAGUUAAAGCUGUGCACCAGCUCUGGAGCCCUUAGUUGACCCCCUGGAAGUGCUCAUUUACUUGGAGCUUGCACCACCAUUUUCAGUUGUUAUUUAUCCUGCAGUAAAGAAAAGCCAGACCUCACUGCCAGGCUUCACAAAGGCCAGAUUGAUGAUGCCGACAUCGACAAAUGAACAUACCAUGGCAGCUUGGUCAUUCGGCUCAGGUUCACUUCAAGUUCAAAUCCACUCUGUGCUGUAGUGCUGUGCCCAUCUCAUCCAUCUUUUGUCUUUCUAUUUUUCUGCUUGUAAUUUGUUCUGUAGUUUUCUGUGACAUCCAUUUAUAGCUUCUCCUGUGGCUCAGUGGUCAUGACAGGUAGGCAGGAGCCAUCUGCAGCAGUGCGUUCCUCAGAGCUUUGGGAUGAGAACUGACCUUCCCUGUUCACGGUGGAGGAACGAGGGCUGCGGGCUAGCACAGGGCACAGCACAGCCAGCACGAUGUGCAGAACUCCAGAGGCAGUGCCUGCCCCUGGGAGAUGGAGAGACAGGGGAGAUGGAGCUGCCAGGGGCCCCUCCUGGAGCCACCUCUUCCCGUGAGGGCAGGGCUGCCUGCGCAGCGGACGGGGGCUCAGCAAGGAGCAGGUUCUGAGAGCUGCUGAGCCCCACGCUCAGUGCCACACUCCCUGGGUAUGUCUGGGAAAAUGGAUGCAGAGCUUUGAGUCCCUGAUGUAAGAGAAAAUCAGUGCUUUAAUAUUUAUACCAACUGCUAGGUUUGCUCAGCCUUCUUGGAGAUAGAAAGCUCAGCUUGCUCUGCAAUGACCUACAGGAAACACUGGAUACUUGAAACACUGGCAGGAUAUGUGGCUGGGACAGGCAUCUACAUCUUCAGGAUAUAUUUGUAUACUUACUUCUCCCUCUCUAACACUGGGCCAGCUAAGCUGCUUCAGGACUCACCUGCAAAGCACCUUGAGAGAGGAGUUUUCUCUCCAUGGUGUGGUCCUGCACCACAGCACUGCGAGGACAGCCUGUUCCAAAUGCAGACAGGAGAGAUGCAAUUCCUGUGGGACAAGCACAAUGAAGGUGUUUCAAACAAAAAACUACACCUUCUGAGAGCCAGCUGAGCUCUCAGCCCUGCUAACCACAGGCUGGAAAACUAGGUGAUUCCAAAAGGGAGAGGGCUUGGAGCCAGUGCUUGGAAGCACAGCGAGACAGUGCAGGGUGGUUGACUGUGUCAACUUCUCAGUCCACUGAUCAGAGGAAGCUUUUUUUAUUGCACUGCUGAAUUCCCGAGACCAGGGGUGUCAGGUCAGCAUUUCCACGGGAAGGCUUUAUUGGCUGCUCCAUAACUUUUGUACUCACGGCAGCUCAUUGCAAGGCUGGUCCUUGCAUCCUUACAGUGAGUCCUCCAUGCUGGCAUGUGCCACGGCCAGUACCAGCGUCUCUCUGCAUCUUCCUCCCUGUCCAAGGGGUGACUCUGGAAGAAUUUGCCCAGGCAAUAAAUGUUCAGGAAGUCUGAUGUGGAUGUUGUCUGGCUGUGGAAAAGCCUUCUGAAGCAUAAAGGGAGGGGAGGAGUCAGUGGAAAGCAACAGAAGUGAAUUUGCAGAGCUUUACCAGAUGUUCUUGGCUACCUUGCCUGAAUCUGUGGAACAAAACUGGUCUCUAGGUAGUUUAAUCUUGUGGCUGAUGGAGAAGUUAGUUUGCCAAAUUAUUAUACAUCUGCAACAGAGACAGAAAAGCAGCAGUGAGGGGUUUGCUUACUGUAAAAUACGCCUUCUGAUGUGAAUUCAUAGUGACACGCUGCCUCCUGGAUUCCUCACGGCGAGAAGCUGGUCGUGUGCCGAGGUGACUCGUGGCCACCCAGGCCAGGCUGUGCUGUCUGCUGUGUUGAUCAUGGAAAGGCAAGAAGUUAGUCCAGAAAGUGAUGUAGAGUGUGAACUUUGUGAUAAAAUUCAAGUGUGAGUAGUUGUAGCAGGUGUCUUCCCGUACGGGAGCACCUCGUAUCUGUAGUUCCAUAGGAGUAAACUGUGUCAGACUUUUCCUGUGACUGUCCCUGCGUGUCCCCACGGUGUUUGUUGGAGGUUUCCUGGGAACCUCCUGUGCAGUGGGAGGUUGUUGGUAGUCUGUAGCAUUGGGCUUGUUUGGUUUCACACCCACCACUGCCCCCUCAGUGUCCUGAGCUCUCCAGACUGAACCCACAUGCUGCUGAGCCUGGAGAAUUCCUGUCCUGGGCACUGCACAUGCCAGUAGGUGCUAGUGGCAAGGGCAUGCCUUCACGGGCCUUGGCACCUCCUCUUCUGUGGGGCCCUGAAAUCUCCUGGGAGGAGGGGGAACGGGAUAGAGCUGGCUGGUCCCAUGCUGGCCUUCACCUCCCCGCCACUCCCCAGCUGACGCUGGUUCUGUGUCCCCAGAUGUGCCCCUGGCCGCUCUCCCGUGGCAGCCCCAGGGGCCUGGAGAGCUGUUCCUGCUCCUCCCAAAGGGCAGGCACACCUCACUACAUCCAGAUAAUUACCUCAGCCUUGGAGCCUUGCCGAGCAGCCAGGAAUCCCUCCCAGCAGCAGAAAUCCCCCCAGCAGCGGGGCAGCCGAGCGUGCUGGUGUCAUCACCCCAGCCUGAUGGCCCGGGCUGUGCUACAGGAGGGGGAGAGGCUGCUCCUCUGCUCACAAACAAGCUCAGUGAGGUGCUGCUCGGUUCAUUCACCACAGGGAAACCAAACACUUUGGAUAUUCUGGUAGUUUGUUGUGAAAUUGUUUCCUAACAGCAACAGAUUUAAAUGUUAUCAUACAAAUGGCAGAGAGAAACCUUUUAUGCAGUUGCAAAGUGGUUUUCUAAGAUGGUUGGGUUACUGAAAGUGAUUUUACUGUGCAUUAAUCUUAUGAAUGUUACUAUGUUUUAUAUUUAUUUUAGAUGACCCUCAUGUAUUUUACAAAGGGAAGUUUCAUUGUGUGAUAACUCAGUCUGUAUUCUUAAUAUAAUUUGUUAAAUGAAACUUGUUUUAAUCAGAUAA